AUGGAUGUAACAGCUCAAUCAUUCCCUUAUCAUCUUCCCCGGAUCCUGGACGAUUUGGCAACAUGCUGCUUUGUAUCCAUGGACUUCGAAUUUUCUGGCAUUGCUACUACUUCUUCGAACCCAAACAGGGGAUCCCAGACGCUCCAGGCUCGCUACGAAGAAGUGAAAAGCUCAGCCGAUAAAUAUCAGAUCUUACAGGUCGGGCUGACAAUCUGUCACGAGGAUAUCGAGAAUGCUUCGUAUACUUUGAAACCCUACAACGUAAACUUGAGUCCGAUUAUCGACCGGAGACUAGAGUUGGAGAGACACUGGUCCAUGCAAAGCAGCGCUAUUGAGUUCCUGCUCGAGAACAAGUUCAGCAUCGACUCCGUCUUGAAACAAGGUGUCCAAUACCUCUCUCGAGAGGAAGAGGAACAAGCUAUUGCGACAGCCAUCGAAAGACGUGAUCGCGUUGCGGUACACACUUCGAUCGACGUCAAAGAGACUGAACAUGAGUCAUUAGCUUUCCUAAAAGCCGUUCGCCGUCUCGUAGAUGACUGGCUCGCACUGGGAGCGACACGCGAAGAGUACCUGAACAUCCCACCGCCAACUCGCCUUGGUGUUUCUCAAUCAUCCAAGUCUCUGCCCUCGGCCUUGAACAGAUUUCAGAAAAGGCUUGUUCAUCAGUUGAUAGAGGUGGAAUAUCCUUCAUUGGUGACAAUCGGCAAACCCGAUUUCAUCCAAAUCAUCGAUUACAACGAGGAACGUGAGAGAUCAGUCCGCGAGCAAAGAGUGACGAGGGUCCAGGAGCGCACCUGGAAACAGACAGGUUUUAGAUGGGUAGCUGAGGCUCUAGCUGGAGGAGAUCUUACCAAUCUUGAUUCCGGCUACUUCAUUGGUAUAAUGGCGAGCUCCGCCGCUGUAGAAUCCAAAUACCCUCUCAAUGAGUUCUCAGACAAACUCAAGCAGCGAUUGAAAGAACAUCGCCCUGUUCUUGUUGGCCAUAACCUUUUCUCAGAUCUUAUCUACUUUUGCCGUUGCUUUUUUGGGCCUCUUCCAAGCAAAGUGGAAGAGUUCCAGUCGAUGGCGCACGAAUUGUUCCCUGUCUUGAUGGACACCAAAUAUAUGGCCACACAUAACUGCGGGUCCAUCAAUCCCAGGUCAUCGCUCUCAGAGCUCAACGAAAACUUGGCUAAGAAAGCAAUUCCGAAAAUCAGCAUACACCCGCAACAUUCCAAGUAUACUACUCAGAAGAGUGAACAUGAAGCAGGCUACGAUAGCUUGCUCACUGCCCAAGUUUUUAUCAGGCUGUCUGCUCAGCUCCGUGAUGGAGGGGUAGAUCUUCCGCAACAGAAGUCCACCAAAGAUGCUCGAGACACCUCGAACUUCCAGCAAACGUACCAGGAUGUUUCGUCUGAGGCCUAUGCUGAGGACAGAUUGCAAACAACACCUGGAAGCGCAAAGAAGUCUUUUGAGCAGAAGCCAAGACCAAGCAGCAUGGAAUCUCCCAAAGCGCCAACGACCAGAGUCCUCGGGACGAGAUUCGAUCUACUAGAAAUUGAAGAGGCCAUUGAUGAAGUCGACAGUAAUAUACCUAUUGAUGACCGUAGAUUGUCAUUGGGCCCUACCGAUUCUGUCGAGAUCAUGCAGAAAGCUGCCAAUGGCGAGCUCAUCCCUAGGCUGGGAGCCGAUUUCUGGAAAGUAUACGGGAACAAGUUGCGAGUCUUUGGCACAUUGGAAAGAGUUUGCGUGAUGGGUGCGUCGUGA